AUGAAUCUAUCACUUUCUGAGAACCCAGAAGUACUUGACUUGUACAAUGCCGAAAAAAAAGCUGCAACGGAGUGGGCGUUUCGUUCACUGGAGAUUCAAGCCAGGAGGGAGGUCGUUGUCCAAGUUUUUAGUCUCAUACAGCUCCAGCAGUUUAAGCGCCCACGGCAUCACGGCCCUAGUACGGUCAUACUAUCCCGCGAACCCUGCAUCCCUGUGUCUCUCCACUCGCUCAAUGCGAUUCUAUCUAUAUUUUCUCUCAAUAUUUUCGUCGAGAGUCUAACUGGACUCCUCUCCCCAAUCUUGGUUCUCAAUGUCCUACGUGAUCUUUUCUUCUUCGUCUCUCUACUAAAUCUGGCCAUAACGAUUACGAUUUUCGUGGAUGAGUCUGUUCAUCUUCGUCAGUAUGUUGUCUGCACUCAUGUCUUUGAUACUCGAAAUCGCAUUGCCGGUGCACAAACGUCCUUUGCUUUUCAUCUCGAAUAUGGCAGAGAAAAGGCUGUCAACAACACCGUCAAGCGCGAUACGACAACCCACGUCUUGGCACGUACCUCGCAGAUGGUCAGCGAUUGGGUACAAUUCUCCACAAGCGGAUUCGGUGAGAUGAGCACGGCUACUCCAUCGCUGCAAUGCUCCUUGACACCAACAAGGACGGUGAGAUCUGUCCCUGCCAUACAAGUCACGCACAAGUUGGCGAAUGUCGAGAGCACGAGCAACACAUGA